AUCAGUAAUGGACAUAAAACGUGUAAACAGCAUGGUUUCAGCAGAAAUGGCUUCUAAUUUAGAUGUAAAUGACGUCGCUUCUCCACUUCAAUCAGUUGUCAAAGAAACGAGAGAUAACAUUUUGGUCAUUGAACCAGUAACAGAAGGAUUUUGUGAGAAGUUUUACACAAGUUUGACUCCUGAUUUCUGUGAUAAGAUGGGAAUUGUAAAAGGCUCAUUGAACCGGGAUAGAGAGACUGUUCAGGGUUUUCCUGCUGGUGUUGUAUUAAAAUAUAAAUACCCAAAAGCAGUAAACAUAUUAAAAAUGGCUCGAGAAAGCGAGUCUCCAAGAGAAUGCAUUGACAUUCUUCUCUCUGUGGUCCAACUUGUGCAGAGAAUGCACACAAAGAGGUGGUUGAUGGUGGCCCUGACAGGAAACAAUGUUUACAUACAAAGGGAGGCCGGCAAAUACAAAGCUUUCUUCGUGAAAGUGGGAGGCAUGGUACGAAUGCCUGAAAGUAAACGUAAUUGUUCAGAAGAAAACAUUCAUGUUUCAGACCGAUUUGAAGACAUCAUAUUCUGGCUUCCUAGAGAGGUGAUAUCAUUUGGACAGCUGUCGAGAGGAAGUGACGUAUAUACAUUGGCGAUGCUGUUUUACCAAGUGUACAUGGCUUUUUCUGUGCACAACGAUUUACAGACGGUUCCAUUUGCGAAAAGACAUAGAUCUUAUAUACUUGGGAUUCUAAAUGAAGGACACAAGCCAGAGAAACCCCCAAAAUGUCCGCAUUGGUUAUAUGAUGACGUCAUGAUACCGUGUUGGCAUAGUGAUCGAUCACAGCGACCGUCUGUGGAAGAAGUCUUUCAUAUUAUGACCAAAAGAAAAAAAGAAAAUGCUGACAUCUUGGUGUCAAGUUCACGUGAUGGUGGAUAUCUGGAUACUGCGAGUUUGACCUUGACCGACUCUAUUUGGGCCACAGAGAAUGCAGCCAACCAAUAUGACGACAUCGCCAAUGUGAGGCCGCCAUCUGGGUUGUAUGAUGCAGUGGUCCAGAGUCCCUCUCAGUCUUUCAUUUUGGACAAAAAAGACAUGAAAUACUUUGAACUUGAAGGCUCACAAACAGUAACAACGGAUUCGAUUUCAUGUGUCUCUCCUCCUCCUCUCCAGGAUGUAAGCGAACCAAAUUUACAAAUACGCCCCGGUCAACCCCCACAACUAGUAAGGAACACUCAACUGAUGGCUCCCCUACCUGGACAGGAAAUGGAGAAACAGAAUCCACUGUACGAAAGUGUCACUAGUAAACCUAGCACUCAUUCGGAGUCUGGGGCUGGAGGCCAAGAACAGCAAAGUCAGGGAGAGGACUAAAUUCACAGCCAGAGCUCCGUGACAAAAUCGUCAGACUUUGUACAUUCAAACAGUUAAAAACAUGGCAUCGAAGACUCUACUGCUUAUGUAAUCUACAGUUAAUAACUGUAUCAAUUAGAACCAUUUUAACAAGACCUUGGACUUUCAGUAGGACGUAGCUAGCUAUUUCUUGCGUCAAAACAAGUUAACAUGACCAUGGUAUCUAGUGAAAUAUACACAGAUUGCGUAUUCUAAGCUCAAAAGCCAGACAAAAUCUUGUUGAUUUCAAAGACCCAUGGCUGAGUGGCCAGAAAUGAAAUAAACAGCUAGGCCUACGUCACAAUGCAGUUUGACACAAUUACCCAAAAGUCCAAACUCCUAUUAAAAUGGUUCUAAUAGAGUGUAUUAUCAUGAUUCACUUCAUUAAAUAUGGCGUUAAGUAUAGCGAUUCACACAUUUUUUCCCUUUGUGAUUCAUGCAGGUAUGAAAGUAGCUAGCGCAGCAGAAAAAAUAUUAUUUUUCCUGCAAUGCUCGCUACACGUACCUCCUAAGCCCGUAUGAAACACAAGUUCAAAGAACUCAUUUUCAUUUACGUCUCUUUCUGAUUAAUCUGCUAUCAUUUAUUAAUAUAUUAAGAGUUUCAAAGUACAUAAAGUAUAGUCAUUGUCAAUCAGUAGUUUAUACAGAAGGAGAAGCCAAUUCUUACUCGAGUUUUAUCUAUUAUGACUUGAAAAACUGACCUCAGCCGAUGGAGUUAGUGCUUUAAAUGUAGCAAUAAUACUGAUGUAUCACGAAAUAAUUCACGCAAAGUCAACGUUAAAAAUAUAGAAAAUACAAUUAAAUGCAUUAUAUAUAUAAUAUAUAUAUUAAUGUGAAAAUUGGCUUUUCCUUUUUAUGUAACGUGCUAAUCGACAAUAACGGCAUUUAUUUAAGGUGUUAUUGGACACCUGUCGAUAUUUAUGUGGAUUAAAGUACAUUAUAGUCAAAAUCCUUUCACUGUUUUAAAAGGUUCAAAUUUCACAAUAUUUGACCAAAAAAUAUAUUUUAAAUUUUUGGAAAGGGACAAAAUAUAAAGGCCCCAGCGGGAUUUGAGCUUGUAAACAGAUAGCCAUGCUAUGACUUUAAAUUGCUAGUAUUAAAUAAUGGUCACUAUGAUAUUUAAGUGUACCUAGGUACUGCGCAGUGAAUGGUGUAAAUGAUAAUUAAUAGAAUGAACUCUGUGAAUCUUGUAGCACUGCGUAGUAUUCCUAAAUGAUGUUAUAAAACCAGGCGAAUAAUACGGGCAUAAUAAUAUCCAAAUUGAGAGUUUAAAAACAAGUGUCAUAUUUGGCGAUUCUGUGUCUGCAACAAUAGCUCUAGUACUCUAUAUUGACUCAUGUAUUUUGUAUUCUAUAUAUUAACCUUUGUAACCUUUUAUGCCAUGUAUGAAUGAACGUAUUAUGAGUAAGUGAUGUCUCAUACUAGGUGGGGGACCCCGAGACCCAGGACUCGGAGACUCAAAUCCUGCGUCCAGACUCUUUGAUUGGCAGUUUUGACGGUUUUGUUACUUUAUUUAGGAAUAAAAUAUUAAUCUUAAUUUUGAACACUAAAUGUUCACUUAUGAUCGUCGUAUAUGGGCCGAACUAGUCAGAAUUGUCCAUCAUAUGUAAAAUGUUAUAUAUACCCAUGUAAAAUGAUGUUGAGCAGGUAGAUACCGCUUAUAGAGAUUCUGAGACUCUUGAUUUGGGCUGCUUUUAAUUGUUGUAACUAUACGAUCACGCUUAAUAAAACCGCUUGAGAAAGAAAUACUGCACUUGUGAUCACUAAG